CACCAAACCAGCUGUGACACGCGUUAUUAACUGCUCCUGCUAAGCUGGUACCUGCUAUCAAUUCCAGGCCCUUCUCAUUGGUUCCCCCCUUGGCCAUAGUAGAGUCUUAAUGGAUCGGGUCGAGAGACGGAGCCCGUACGGGCUGGCGUGCAUGAACUGUUUCAAGACCAAAAGCAAAUGCGUCGCCACGCCGGAUGGCCGGAGCUGCCACAGAUGCCACCGGCUCAACAAGGAGUGUCUCCCCUCCAACUCGCUGAGGAAGCGAUACUCCAAGAAGGCUCUCGCUGAACGACUCGAUAGCCUUACCGCACUGCUGGAGGCAAUCCAGGCGGCGUCUGGAGCCACCACUGCUGGAACUGGGGGUAUCCCCCAUUCGCCCUCCUCAACCACUGGCUCGGCCUCUGCCUCUGCUGCCUCGCACCCGUCGCCCAUAUCCGCGGACUACUUUGCAUCUCCUCAUGGAGCCCAGUCCGCAGAACAGUCUUUUGCAAUCUUCCGCGACCAAAUGUUGCCCUACUGCCCGUUCAUCUACAUCCCCGCCACAGUCCCCGCCCAACAACUACAGCGCGAACAGCCCUAUCUCUUCCGCGCAAUCAUGGUCGUGACUAUGCGCUCAGUCCCGGAGAGGGCCUCGCAAGGCAGCACGCUCAAACGGCUACUGUCCGAUGCAAUCGUUGUCGAGGAGCGCUCCGACUUUGACCUGCUGCUGGCGGCCCUGACCUACGUCGCCUGGGGUCACGACCAGUUCACCAAUGGGCCCGCGACCACACCACGCAUGAUGGACCUCGCCUUGUCGAUUGUCUGUGGUCUCCGCUGGAACAAGCCCCUGCCUAUCAAUGCACAUAUGCUCCCGAUGAUGGGUGUCCCCAGCUAUCCGGGGCUCAGUCCGAUUGUCUGCUCCUUGGAGGAGCAGCGCGCUGUCUUGGGUUGUUUCUUGUUAAGCUCUUUUGUCUCGACAUACUUUGGGCAGAUGGAGUGCAUGCGCUGGACGCCGCAGAUGGAUGGCUUCCUGCAGACCAUCGAGGCCAACACCACGUGCCCAAGUGACCCCAUGCUAGCUGUUCUCGUCAGGCUGCAGCGAGUCGUGCACGGUGCCGAGUGCACGCGUGAUGUGCACCAGGGCAUGAUGCCGAUUGGCCUCUUUACCUCGUCGCUCCUGUCGCAGGUUCGCCAGAUCGUCGAGUCGAUGCCGCCGGAACUGCAGAUCAAAGAGGUCUUCCGCCUACAGCUCCACUACACCGAGCUCAGCAUCCACGAAACCGCAUUCACCGCCAACAUCCAUCCCACCAACCUCAACCUGCAAUCCGCCCUCGACACCAGCUCGGGCCCAAGUCUAACCGAAGACCAAGUCGUCUGCAUGUGGAGCUCCCUCCAAGCCAUCGAAUCCUGGGUCGAAGUCCUCUUCCGCAUCCCACCAAUCGAGUACGAGGCAUUCCCAAUCGGCAUGGUCGCGCAGGUCGGACGCGUCCUCGUCACCCUCUACCGGCUGUCAACCCAUCCGAGUCCAACAUGGGACUGUCUCGAAGUGUGGCGGACAGUCGACAUCGUCGACGUCAUUGGGAAGAUUACAUCGAAUAUGCAGUCGAUACCGAAACAGGGGGAGGAGAGUGUGCCGGCGGACCCCGGGCAGGAGCUAAAAUGUGCACGGUUCUGUAACUCGAUUCAGGCGAUACUGGAGGGGAAUGAAGAUGUGGAGGAGCCGAGUCCCGCGGGCGUGGGUGAGACGGGUAGGGGCGGCGCCGGCGUCGGCGCGGGGGGGUCCGUGCAGCAACAGUACUAUCAGGCGUCUGGGUCCAGCCUUGGGAGUGGGAGCGAGGCUAAUACGUCGUUCAUCUCCAGCUCGGAGACGGACAUGCCGUUUUCAUGGACGCCAGACUGGCCUGGGAGGAGUUUAUGAGGCCGAGUCCCUUGAAUCUAAUGCGUUUCUUGUUAGCUAGUCCGGGUCUUGGGCGUUCGUGGAGUAUAUAUAGUGCUUGCUUGGUAAUGGUCAAUAAUCGCGGAGUCUCGGUUUUGUAACAAACACUGUGUCAAUGACACCAUCAAGAUCUCACUAUACCACACUGCAAUGCAACCUUUCGGCUACUGUCUACCUCGUCAGCUCCUGGCCAGGCUGCUUGGUCUGUGGGCAUUGUGGUUACAUUGGGAUUGCGGUCGUCGGAG